AUGGCGCUGCUGCUGGAGCACGAGUUCAAGCCGCUGCCCGCAGACAAGCAGAUAGAGACGCUGCCCUUCCUGGAGGCCGUGGCGCACCUGCCGCCGUUCUUCGAUUGCCUAGGGACUCCCAUUGUCUACUCACCGGUCAAAGCUGACCUGGCUGGAAAUAUCAAGAAAAUCCGGGCAGUUUAUGACUCCAACCCUACCAAGUUCAAAACCCUGCAGAACAUCCUGGAGGUGGAGAAGGAGAUUCACGGUUCAGCAUGGCCCAAGAUUGGUGCGACACUGGCAUUGAUGUGGUUGAAAAGGGGCUUGAAGUUCAUGCUGGUGUUGCUGCAGAGCAUCUCCGACGGCGAGCGGGACGAGGAACAUCCCAACCUGAUCCGUGUGAACGCCAUGAAGGCUUAUGAGAUCUCACUGAAGAAGUACCAUGGCUGGAUGCUGCAGAAGCUCUUCACGGGCUCAGUCUAUGCUCUUCCAUACAAAUCUGAUUUGCUGAAGGCGUUGGAGAAGGGCAAAGAGGUCAAAGAGGAGGAGAGCAUUGAGAAGAUCCACCAGUUCCUCUCGAGGGUCACCCCCAUCCUGGAUGCCAUUUAUGAGAUGUACACGAAGAUGAACGCAGAGCUGAGCUACAAAGCCUAG